GCCGGGAACGCCUCGCUCCCCCACGUGGGCAUGGAGGCGAGCCGCCCCGAGCGCAGCUCCGCGCAGGCCUUUGAAUCUCAUUCGGAUACCCGGCGUUGUGUCCCGCCUUGCAGAAUAUAUGUGGCUUCUGGGAGGUGUCGGUAGAACACCUCUGCCGUUUUAAUUUUUCUCAGAGUUUGGAACUCUCCUUGCCUAAUUUAGAGGCAAGUGACCAGAGCAGGCACUUUGAGCUGUCGGAACUGGAACUGCCUGGACCUGAUGUUGAAAGCAAAGGGCGAGGGAAGAGGAGUCACCGGGUGAAAAGUUUGGACCAUUUGCUGGAGAGAAGAAAAUGCCCGAAGAUUUGGAUGAAAAUAUGGAUUACAGGUUGAUGUGGGAGGUCCGGGGGAAUAAGGGAGAAGUCCUGUACAUUUUGGAUGCCACCAACCCGCGACACUCCAACUGGCUUCGCUUCGUUCAUGAGGCACCAUCUCAGGAGCAGAAGAACCUGGCCGCCAUUCAGGAAGGAGAAAACAUUUUCUAUUUGGCAGUUGAAGACAUAGAAACAGAUACAGAGCUUCUGAUUGGCUACCUGGACAGUGACAUGGAAGCCGAUGAGGAAGAACAGCAAAUUGUGACAGUGAUCAAAGAAGGAGAAGUUGAAAAUUCUAAAAGACAGUCAACAGCUGGGAAAAAAGAUCGCCUUGCCUGUAAAGAGGACCACGCCUGUCCCCAGUGUGAAUCAAGUUUUCCCAGUGAAGAUAUUCUUGCAGAACAUCUUCAGGCGCUGCACCAGAAGCCUGUGGAGGAGAAAGAAUUUAAGUGCAAGAACUGUGGAAAGAAAUUCCCAGUUAGGCAGGCUUUGCAAAGACAUGUUCUUCACUGUACAGCAAAAAGCAGUCUGAAGGAUUCUUCGCGAAGUUUCCAGUGCUCCGUUUGCAGUUCUUCCUUCAGUUCGGCAUCAAGUUUUGAGCAGCACCAGGAUAUCUGCCGGCGGGAGGUCAGGUUCGUGUGCAAGGCUGACAGCUGUGGGAAGAGACUGAAGAGCAAGGAUGCCCUGAGAAGACACCAGGAGAAUGUCCACACUGGAGAUCCCAAGAAAAAGCUCGUCUGUUCAGUGUGCAAUAAGAAGUGUUCUUCAGCAUCAAGCCUGCAGGAACAUAGAAAGAUUCAUGAGAUAUUUGAUUGUCAGGAAUGUAUGAAGAAAUUUAUUUCAGCUAAUCAACUAAAGCGCCAUAUGAUCACCCACUCAGAAAAACGACCCUAUAAAUGUGAGAUUUGCAAUAAAUCUUUCAAGAGGCUUGAUCAAGUGGGCGCUCAUAAAGUAAUACACAGCGAAGAUAAACCUUACAAAUGCAAGCUUUGUGGAAAGGGAUUUGCCCACAGAAAUGUUUACAAGAAUCACAAGAAGACCCACUCUGAGGAGAGGCCCUUUCAAUGUGAGGAAUGUAAGGCUUUGUUCCGGACCCCAUUUUCUUUGCAGAGACACCUGCUAAUACAUAACAGUGAGAGGACUUUCAAGUGUCACCACUGCGAUGCCACGUUUAAAAGGAAGGAUACACUAAACGUUCACGUGCAGGUGGUCCAUGAGAGACACAAGAAGUACAGAUGCGAGCUGUGUAAUAAGGCGUUCGUUACACCCUCAGUGCUUAGAAGUCAUAAGAAAACACAUACAGGAGAAAAGGAGAAAGUCUGCCCCUAUUGUGGCCAGAAAUUCGCUAGCAGUGGGACACUGAGAGUUCAUAUCCGGAGCCACACAGGUGAGCGUCCCUAUCAAUGUCCCUACUGUGAAAAAGGCUUCAGUAAAAAUGAUGGGCUGAAGAUGCACAUCCGUACUCACACCAGGGAGAAGCCGUACAAGUGUUCGGAGUGCAGCAAGGCCUUCAGCCAGAAGCGAGGCCUGGACGAGCACAGGAGGACGCACACGGGAGAAAAGCCUUUCCAGUGUGAUGUUUGCGACUUGGCUUUUAGCCUGAAGAAAAUGCUGAUCCGACACAAGAUGACCCAUAAUCCCAAUCGUCCACUGGCAGAAUGCCAGUUUUGCCAUAAGAAGUUUACAAGGAAUGACUACCUCAAAGUGCACAUGGACAAUAUCCAUGGCGUAGCCGACAGCUAAUGGUAGCUGUCAAGGAAUUAAACCAUUCUGAAGGGCUCCUAAUAGGAAUCCCAGAUUUCUCUCACCUGAUCAGCCUCACUAAAGUAGCUAAAAGUAACUUAACUGGUCUCGUAGUUCUUAUUUGCCUACAUUUAGAGUCUAUAGAUGCAUAUGCAAAAAAGUAAAGAAACAAACACAAAUACUUAUUACCAAGAAAUGGUACUGGUGGAAAAAAAAAGAACCCAAUAGCCUUGCAAAAUAUUUCUGCUCUGCCUUAUAAAAAUAGAGAAGAAGGGUCAUGACUCUUCGCCAGCUCUGUAAUGAAGUUUAUUAACAUAGUUUUCCAUCAGGUCUUUUUUAUUUUAUGGUCAUCCAGUGUGUGUGUGUGUCUGUAUCUGUGUGUGUGUUUGUAUGUGUGCAUGUGUACAUACACUUGCCAAUGGUGAUUGUUGUGGUUAUUACUAAUUUAGACAAAAAUAAAAAACACAAAAUUCAGGCUACCUGCCUAUGUCUUUGUAGAUAAGGGGAAGAGCAGAAGUUUUUGAAGUCUUAAGCAUAAUCGUUGUAUCAAUAUUUACUAUUGUAUGAAACAGACCAAUAAUUUAUCUGACUUAAUAGCUCUAUACAACACAUGAGUUUAAAAGAAAGAGAUAUUUGAAAGUGAAAACACUUAUUAAAACAUUGUUUUAAGAAAUUCUCAGGAAACAUUUCUUUAUUCAGAAGCAGACAUUCCCAGUCAGGAAUACUGUUAUAAGCGCUGAACUAAAAUGACCAUAACAUUUAAGUUUUCAUCAAGCUUCUCCUCCAAGUUUCUGUUGGCUAUAUUUAGAAAUUAACAUAUAAAUAUAUAUAACAAAAAUAGCAAAGAAUGGGGUUUCCUUAUUUGCUAUGGAACAGAACAGCCACAUUCUUUACGAGGGACACAGCCUUUAGACUCACCCCACAAAUGCACACAGAGCAUGUGAUCCAGGUAUAAUAAAGUCCUCUGAGCAUUAACAUUCCAUUUUGCAAAAGACAUUUUCCAGAGUCUUGGCAGUAGGUGGUUCUGAAACACUUUUGAAUUACCCUCAUCAGCCCAUAUAAUUAGGAAUCCAGAGUGAAAGAGACAAACCUGGCAAUUGUUAUGAUUGAAAUUGUCACUGAGGCUUCAGAGAAACUGAAGCAUGAAACAUAAUUUCUUCCUUUAGGUUAGAUUUCAGUAAAAACCUCGACAGCAACGUACAAUGAACAGCUUGUUUGGGCAGAUGAUAUGAUACCAUGUAAUGAUGAUGUCAGAAUAACCCAGAGGAAUCCCAAAUCAGAAAAAAAUGCAAAUGAAGCUCAAAUCGUGAACCUCUCUAAUUGGAACCCACUCAACAGACAGGAAGUCUACUUUUAAGGAAGUUAUUUCUUUCUAGGAGUUAAGACAGAGGUUAUCUGAACACGGUUCUUUGACUUCAGGAAUCUUAUUUUAGAUGUAUUCUCAUGCACCUUUUAGUUUUAAGAAGGAACAAAGAUUCAAUAUCGACAUUUAAACUCUGUAAAAAUACAACAUUUGAAAUGCACCAGAGAUGACUUUUAAAAAUGUAAAUGCUAGAAAUGAUAAUUUUGGAGAUCUAUAAGUAUGAUUAUAUGUAGCAUUUUGUUUCUGAAAUCAUAGACUGUAUUUUGUAAAAAUAAAUGUUGGUCUUAUUUCUCACUA